AUGAAGGAAAAGCUGAAUACAAAGCUUAAUGAUGCAAUGACAAAGUUCUCUGAAAAGGAAAGUUUUAGAAUUUUCAAAGAAAAGAUGACAAAUAUGAUUGUUGAAGAAAAAAUUGAAAGCACAACACUUUUUAGUUUUCCAGUUAAUGAAACUGGAGUUGGAGGAAUCAAUUUCACACCAAUAAUGGGUCAAAAAAUAAAUGAUCAAAAAGAAAAUGAAGAUAAAGAGGGAAAUGGUGAAGAAGACAGUGAUAAUGAUGCAAGUCAACAAGAAGUAGAUUAUUUGUUUGGUUCAAAUGAAGCAGAGAAUGAAGGAAUAAAUAACGAUGUAGAUAAGAAUAAAAAAGAAUGUGAAAUUGGAGUAAAAGAGAAAGAUGGAAAGAGGAAUGAAAAUGAAAAUGAUGAAGAGGAAAAGGAUGAUCAUGCUGAGGAAACAAAUAAUCAUGAAGAGACUAUUCAACAAACUGAAAAAAAUUUGUUGAAUAAAGUUGUUGACAACAUUGUGGACAAUGUCCUUGGAAUUGGAAUUUCAAGUUUAAAUAGUCAAGAGGAUGAAAUCUGGAAUCACCCUGAAAUGAAAACUAUUUUCGAUAAUAUUGAUAUAGGGUCACCAAUGACUACAGGUAAAACUAAUACUCUUGCAGAAAAGGAAAAAUCAGAAGGUGUACAAGAACAAGGAACAAAAGUUGAAAAAACAAAGGGAGAUGAUACAGGCAAGGAAAACUCUGAAGAUAGAAAUGAAGGAGGAGCAGAAGCUAAGAACACGAAAGAUGGAGGUGAAGAAAAACAAACAGAAACUGAGAAAGGAAAUGCAGAAGAUAAAGGAAAGAAAAGGUCAGAAAAUGAAAACAAGAAAGGAGAAAAAGCUUACAAGACAAAAGGAAAUAAAGGAGAUACUCAUCCAAGCUUUAGUCUAGGUCUCAGUCAAGAUUCAAAUCAAACUUCAAGUAAAAAAUCUAAUGAAUCUUCACCAAAAAAACCACUUACAAAGAAACAAAUCAAAGAAGACCAUCAGAAGAAACCGUCAAUUGAAAUUCUAGACAAUAGUGCAGUUGAGGGAGAUUAUGAAGGAAAAUACGGAGUAAUAUUGAAACCUAUGAAAAAUUUCUUUGUGAGACACUUUAAAGAAAUAAACCAUCCACGAGCAAAUGCAAUCUCAAAAGAAAGUAUCAAACCCCAACGACUUGAAAUGUCAUGGGGAACAGUUAAAAACAAAGUUGAUUGUGGGGUCUUUUCAAUGAGACAUAUGGAGACCUAUAUGGGACAACCACUCUCAAAGUGGAAACCAAGUCUUCAUAAAGAAAGUGCAGUUCAACAAACUACUUUAGAGAUACUCAGGCAACACAUAAUGCUAACUUCUGAAACUAACAUGUUGAAGGCUAAGGUGUUGGAUCUUGCUGAAAAAUAUCAAAAAGUUGAAUUCAAAGUGCGUAAUGAUCAUGCAUACAAGGCUAUGCAAACAAUUCAAAAAAGGUUAAACGAAUAUUGA